AAGGUCAACACAAGGGGCGAUGUAAGUGUGGUCGUGCGUCGGCCGUGCGGCAUUCGAUUUCAGGGAAAAGGAUACUUGAAGUCAGUGCUGCCAUCGUAGAGCCAGAAACUCAAACUCGCCGAUAGUAAUUGUAAUACAAGGACGCAGUAGAACUAUCGUAUCUACACUGACAACAGCAACAUGACUACAUCCCUUGCACUCAUUGCAUCGACGUCCGGCGACGAUGGCGGUAAAGAUGCUCGAACUCCAACUCCCGCGGACGAGUCGACACGCAUGGUGACUGCUUUGGACCAUGUAGAAAGCCGGCUGCAGACGCAAACAAGCCUGAUCAUCCGCAGGCCGACCCCGGACACUAUUUUGGUCACGCUACCCGACUCACUCGCCGAAGAGCUCGUUCGGGCUUGCGGCUCUACGCUCGUGCGCCAAAAGCAGGUCACAUCGCUGUUUGCAAGGCCUGCGAUAGAACAGACCGCGACCGGCAUUGACCAAGGAGAUGAACCUGUUGCACAAACUCCCCCAACGACACCAGGGGCGCAGCUGAAGCCAGCACGCACGACCUUGAAAGGACCUUCACAAGAACAACUUUGGGUGACUUAUUCGCGGCCCACCGAUCAUACCGGGAGGAGCGGCCCUGCGUACUUCGCCAUCACGACGGCCUCCUGUGUAGUUAGAACUAGGCCAACUUCUUUGCACUCGGACGCGAUGGACCGGCAUCAUGAAAUCGACGCCAGCGCAAGAACUACAGAUGAGGACGUGGACCCGCUGCUUGUCCCGCUUUCGUCUGCCCAGAAAAUGUUGUUGCUGAAGCAGUACGUCGAGGAAAUUCUACUUUUGGGUGGAUCCUGUUCAUCUUCUACGCCUGGAAGUGUGGUAUCGGAUUCUACUCGAGCUUCAUCCCUGGAGCGGGCAGAUGCGUCGUGCGCUGUCGGGCCAGCAGCGGCUGCGACGAACGGCCUUCCGGGCGAAGCUUUCGCUUUGCAAUCCGUGCCAGAAGGGAAAGUGGAUAAUAGUGCCGACGACCAUUCUACAACCUUCUCCCCCACAGGGGGCUCCACACCGACGACAGACUGCGGCGAUUCAUGCACGUCGGGUUGUUCCACGCCGACUGACUCUUCCGUCGAGAUUUCUUCAUCUACGAAUAGAAGUUCUUCCUCUCUGUCAGAUAUAGCUGGUGGUGUUACUACUGAAAAGGACGGACCGGAAAUGGUCUUGCGCAAGCGGAUCUUGAAGGCGGAAAACGAUCCUACCGAUGAAGAGCCCAGUGGUCCACCUGCAGUCGCAGUGGAGGACAAACCCGGUUCCUUUUUUUCAACGAAGAAAGCAGCGACUGCCACCAGUAGCGAACAGGCUACUUUCCGAAAUUCUGUAAACGUAGUGGACGAAUCGGCACAGCAGAAACACGACUCCUCCGUCCAGCUGGAGCUCCUCUGUCUGCACGACGAGACGGCACAGUUCCACCUGUCGCAGGAGAAGGUUGAACUUGAACAUCAAAAUAAGAAUACAAAAUUGCAAUUCCCUGUCCACCAUUUCGCCCUGUCCACCGCAUCCCUCGACCUGAUCGCGGAUUACUUCGGCCCGGAAACCGCGGCUUAUUUUGUGUACCUGCGCUGCCUGGCGGUGUGGCUUUCCGUGCCGGCGCUGCUUGGCUUGUUGGUGUACUGUACCUACUAUCCUAUGCAAAACUAUCGUACUCGUAUUGCAGUCAUGCAUUACCAAAUCUUUUGUUUAGGUAAAACCGCAUUACAAAUUUUAUUUCUCCAGCUGAGAAAAUUCGUAUAUGCAUUUAUACAAGUGCGAUACUUUUGCAAUGCAUACUUACGGGAUUUUUCCGCUGGGCCGGUCCGUGUUCGCGCUCGUUACGGUCCUGUCUUUCGCUUGCUUUGUCCGGUAUUUCGAGCGGCGGGGUGAGGAAUUUGCACUGCGCUGGGGCUACUGCAAAACAGGUAGUAGCUGCUCAGCCUGGAGCUGCGGAAAAGUUGCGGAGAUGUCUAACAAAGCUGGAAGUAGUACACAAAAAGGCCGCACCAGGGACAAAGAACCCGACCACGAAGAGAAAUUGUCCUCGAGUCGUGCCGAACCCCUUCACGCAUCAUCCGCGGAAGAAGAUAAAGGACACGCAGACGUCAAAGUCCCGAGUGCUGGGAAACCCGAACCUUACUGCGUGGAGGUGGAGCUGAAAACCUCGCCAAUCAUAUACUGAGAAAAAAGUGUAGUUACAGUUACACACUCUGAUGCACGACAAGCAAUACAGACAUCCGCUGUCAUGCAGGAAAUGCUUGCCAGCGUCAUUUCAUUCGUGUUUUCCCUUAUGGUCUGCGCAUUACAUACAAGAUUUCUUUGCUGUGCGGAGCAUUUUUGUGAUGCUGAAACUCCAACAAAUGUCGUGUAACUGUAACACUUUUUUCCUGUGAUAAAUCACCGGGGAACGGUACUGGGCGAGAAAGUCCCCACCUGCUUUCCAAAAGCCAUAUUGCAGUGAAAAAUCUGCCGCCUUUAAUGCCCUCAGCUUGUUCUCAUAUUGGUGGUUAUGAUCAACAGACGUAAGUCGUGUCUCCUGUAGCUGUAUAUUUAUUCGUCUAUGCAUGUACAGUACUUCUUGAUAUGAUCCGCAUAACAAGCCGGAGGCACAGGCAGAAAAAGUGAUAAUUUCCCAUCCCAUAACCCCCUCGCGUACCUGACCUCCGCAGUGGUGACCCUCUGCCUGCUGUCGGUCGCUUUUUUCACCAUGAUUUGCAGCCUGAACCUGCAGGGCUACAUCUCGGGCCCCACCGACAAAAACGCGUCCGGGGUCGAGAAACUCUACAACCCCUUCCACAUCCCCUGGAUUGCGCAGUUCGCGCAGCCAGGCGCGAUUUUGGACCCGACCGGCGCGGGGGACUUUUUGCUGUUCGGCUACCUCACGCUUUUACCGACGGUCCUUCACGUGUUGGCCAUUCAGCAGCUGAACGGGAUCUACAAAACCGUCGCGGUUUGGCUGACCACAAACGAGCUCCACGAAAGUAUCGAGGAUUUUCAGACCGCGCUGCUGACCAAGCGGGUGCUGUUCGAAGCGCUCGACUGCUACAUCGGGUUUCUGUACAUCGGCUUUAUCGAAAAGGACAUUGUGAAACUCCGGUCCGAACUCGGCAACAUGUACCUGGUGGACUGCGGCAGGCGGUUGUUCCUGGAAACCAUGUUGCCCAUCCUGCUCCGACAGGCGGGAGGUUUGCUCGAGGCUGCGGAGAGGAAGGUGGCCUCAUGGAAGAAGUCCAAGGGCCGCAUAAUAUCACCUUCGUUGUGUACUUCAUCGGGCAGCUUUUUUGAAGACAGCGAUUCAGGAUAUGAUCAAGGUCAUUCUUCGUGCGAUCAUCCAGUAACCGACGAGACAAGACGAGAAAUCGAAAGACAGAGGUGCGCCGACGAAUACGACAGUUUUGAUGACUGGAUCGAGAUGGUCGUGCAGGUGGGCUACAUCACGCUGUUUGCGGACGCCUUUCCGAUCGGGGCCACGCUCGCGCUUUGCACCAUCCUGGUGGAAGCCACGUCGGACAGGCACAAGCUGUUCUACGUUUUGCAGCGACCGGGAAGCGGUUCCAUUUCGAUCGAGGUCUCGCCGUGCUGGCCUGCUUGUGCUAGCAACGAAAAUUUGGAUUUUCCACGAACGAGCGACGGAAAUACAUCAUCACGACCAGAGACAACCUCCAGCACGAUGCGCACGAUCAACGGAACGGACGAGAGGAGGAAAGCUGCUUUGAUGUCCUCGACAGACGCAACAACGACGAAUCCCUCACUACACACGAGCCUCCUGCCCGCCUUCUCCACCAACAAAAGUCAACAUCAACCAGAACUCCAGCGGCAGCUCUGUCCCGCCGUGUGGCUGCGGGUGUUGAAAGCCUUGGUCUGGCUCUCCGUUUGCAGCAACGCGUUUCUCUUUGGCUUCAGCAGCAAGCAGCUGCAGCGGUUCUGUGCGAGUUUCCGGUCGUCUUUCUGGGCGGAGGAGACCACAGUGGACCAAAAUUUCGGGCAGCAAGGCGUCGCCUUCGACCUCUUUUACAAGGCCACACUUGUGGAGCAGGAGGAAAAGGAAAACCCGUUCUCGGAUAACAUUUCCGGGGGUCACCUAACAAACUACGAGGCACUGUGGAUCAUUUUUCUGGUGGAGCACUUGCUGGGGUGCCUCGUCCUCCUCAUUUUCAACUUCAUCAGUCCGCAUAGUGCGAAAGUCGCGGAAGCACACAAGCGGGCGGCGUAUUUGGUGAUGUCGGGUGCGGAUUGAUGAUGUUGAUGCGCAGUGGGAGGAUGGCUAUGGCACAAAAAACAUUUUUCAGCCGUGUACAAUAAUUUAAAUGGUCACGUUUCUUCACGGGUAUGUAAGUGAAAAAAGAUCAGAAACAAACUGGAGCUAUGAACGUUUUGUAAAUGUAUCGUGACAGAUUUUUAUUGUGAAAAGCGUAAGUGCGAGCGCCUUAUUGGUUUUCGCCGGAAAAAUGUAAGUGAUAUGAGGAGUAUGACAUCCUCAAAGAACACAAAUGUACAAAAAUUCAAAAACACACAUUUGUUUCGAUCAUCCUUCACUGAAGUUCCACCACAGGAGCCUCACCAUUUCGUAGUCUUGCCACGCUCUUGUAAGAAACGCGGCGAGGGUGAGGGUGAACGGCUGAAAGCAUGUGUUCGAAGAUGUGGUUUACGUACGCUAUGUCACUGGGAUUUUGUUCCAUCUGAUUCGUUUAUUUUAGAUUCC